AUGGCUUCGGGAUCCCGCCGAGCAAAACAGGGGACAAGCAUGUAUUACGGAUCCCGGCAAUCCGAUACAUUUUUCCGUCCUCCGCCAGGUCAUCACAGUGAUUAUUUACUAGAGGAAGUUCUCAAUUCAGAUAUAUCGGCAAGGUUGAAUGCCCAAGGUCCACCCCUUCGAGUUUACUCUCCUCCUCCGUUCCCCCUUUCUGGUUUUCCGCCGAAUAAUCCCUUCCCUCGCCGCCGUCGACAGCAGAUCGGUGGAUCCCCCCUCACCUACCAAAUUGUUCCAUGGCCAAACUAUGAUUAUUUUCCCCGCGUCGCUCAUGGUGGGAAAGUCGUGCAAUCACCAGUCGGUGGCCAUCCCCGAACAGUACAUGAUUUCAGCUAUCCCGAAGACAAUGGGCCAUCAGUUGUAGCUCUCCUUCUUCGAGAAGGGGUUUUGGUGGUGGUUAAUCAUUAUCAAACUGGCCCAGAUUCUCCCCAGCUGCUUUGUUCCCUAAGUCCUCGCAUCGUUGCCACUAUAUCUGGAGGAGAGCUUCCGGACUGCCAAAAGUUGCUGCAAGAUCUGCAGGCGAUGUGUAAUGACCAUGAACGUGAGAAAGGGGGUGAGAUUUCUCUUCAAGAUGCAUUAUGCUUGAUGACUCGCACACUGGCUUCUCGACCUGAAGUGGGACUAAUUGCAGGGUGGGAUGACACAAAGGACUGUCCUGCCUUGUACCGUGUAGACGGUUUCAAGGGACUCAUGAAAGGGGAAAUAAUAGCCACCGGAACUGGAUUUAGACGAAUCUAUGGUACACUGAACUUGAAUGCCAUGUUCAGCAUGAGUAAUGAGGGUCCUCUUAAGUCUUGGCUGAAGGGUUUUCUGCACAAUGAGCUUAGUCACAAAAACUAUGGCUCUUGGUCUUGUUGGGCUGUUGACGAAGCUACAAAAUUUGCCCUAAGAUGUACAUGCUAUGUUGCAGCUGAUAUUGAGGGAACUGGAGAUUUCAUUAGCGUGUACCACGUUGGACGUCAUGGGUUGGACCACGUCCGUUCUGGCGAGCCAAUAAAAGAGGUUCUGCAGACCAUUGGGGUAGAUAUGCCAAAGAGGAUUGAGUAUACUAGGGUGCCUCCUCCUGCCUACCUUCCUAAGCUCCCCCCGUUGCCUCAUUUUCUUCUGAAGCAGCUCCAGAUACGUCAAAUCUGA